AUGAAGACUACCGCCAUCAUCGCUUGCACACUCUUGGCUUCGGCUUCUGCCUUUGCCCCUGCACCUACUAACGGCCGCGUGUCCACUGCCCAAAACGCUUUGGCCGACCGCAUUUUCAACCUCGACUUGUUCGAUCGCGACGGCAACAAGUACGGAGCUCGCUCGAACAAGAAUGUCAAGGUAGGCAAGCUCGGAGACAACUCCUAUGUCCCUGCUGGACUCAGCAAGGCUCAGUACGAAAAGGUCCGUGCGGAAGAAAAGAAGAAGAAGGACGAGAACUACCAGCGCAAUGUGAAGAAGGCUGGCAAGUUCAUCGAUUACACUGAGUGGUACAUGGCGCGUGGAACCGAUCUUUCUCAAGGCUGGAAGAAAUCUGUCACGCUAGGACACCGCAUGGCCAAGACCAAGUUCGACUGGUCCGGAACUGCGGACGCCAAGACUUUGGACUCCGCCACUUCGACCGGAAUCUUCGGAAAGAAGGCUGCCGCGAAGAAGACCGUUGUCGCCAAAAAGGCUGCCCCCAAAAAGGCCGCUGUCGCUGCUAAAAAGACGGUUGCCGCCAAGAAGCCCAAGUACUUCUACUAAGUAGUCGACACUGUUGUGUAUCACAAGAUUGUUAGCUUUAGAAGAUGUUAAAUUUUCAUUACAGAAUCAUCGUGCUAACCA